AUGGAAGAAAAGCUCCAGGCGCAUCAGGUGGAGAUCGACCCGGAUUUCGAGCCGCAGAGCCGGCCCCGGUCCUGCACUUGGCCUCUCCCCCACCCCGACUUCGCGGCGGAGGAGGAGGAUGGGGGCGCGGCGGGAGGACCCCCGGCGCUGGCGGCCGGCGGCGGGGAGGGAGCCGAGAACGCGGCGGCCCCGGCGGAGCGCAGAGCCGCCGCCGCCGCCUCCCUGCCGCCUCCCGGUGCGGACGUCGGGCAGCUCCGCAAGGCCAAGACCUCCCGGAGGAACGCCUGGGGCAACCUUUCCUACGCCGACCUCAUCACUAAAGCCAUCGAGAGCUCGCCGGAGAAGCGCCUCACCCUCUCGCAGAUCUACGACUGGAUGGUGCGAUACGUCCCCUACUUUAAGGAUAAAGGAGACAGCAACAGCUCCGCCGGCUGGAAGAACUCCAUCCGGCACAACCUCUCCCUGCACACCCGCUUCAUCCGUGUGCAGAACGAGGGCACCGGCAAGAGCUCCUGGUGGAUGCUGAACCCUGAGGGCGGCAAGACAGGGAAGACGCCCCGCCGGCGGGCGGUCUCGAUGGACAACAACAGCAAGUUCCUGCGGAUCAAGGGGAAAGCCAGCAAGAAGAAGCAGCUGCAGGUAACGCAGGAGCGUGGGGAGGACAGCCCUUCCUCCCAGCAAGCCAAGUGGUCAGAGAGCCCCGCGUCCCACGCCAGCGAUGAGUAUGACGCCUGGGCGGACUUUAGGACGCGGGCCAACUCCACAGCCAGCACGCUGAGCGGGCGCCUCUCGCCCAUCAUGUCCAACCAUGAGCCGGAUGAGCUGGAGGAGGAUGAUGGUACCCCCUCCUCUCCGCUGAUGUACCCCAGCCCCUCCAGCACCAUGUCUCCUUCCCUCAACGCCCGCUGCUCCGUGGAGCUGCCCCGGCUGACUGACCUGACUGGCACCAUCAGCCUCAAUGAGAGCCUCGGGGAGAGCAUGCUGGAGGACCUGCAGGAUGGCUACACUAUGAGCCCUUCGCAGCAGCUCCCCCCAGCUGCCCUGCGGCAGCGGAGCUCCAGUUUCACCUUCAACUCCAAGUGCUCCACCAUGGGGGCUGCCACCAACACCUACUGCGGGACUAUCUACAGCCAGCCGGCCAUGAGCCUCAUGCGCCGCCUGCCCAUGCAGACCAUCCAGGAGAACAAGCAAGCCACCUUCUCGCCCGUCAGCUCCUACAGGAACGCCUCGCUGCAGGACCUGCUCUCCUCCAUCUCCUACGCGCACAAGGAGAGCAUGGUCCCGGGGGACCUGCCCCUGCCGCAGGCCAGCCCCAUGGUGCCGGCCCGUGGCCACAGACACAACCCGCUGCUGUGCGGGAGCGGGGAGCAGGGAUUGUCCUCCUACCCGUCCCACUCGGGCUCUCUCAUGAAGAGCAACGCUUUGUACCACCCAUCACCAGCCGGUCACCACCCUGCGGUCAACACCAGUGCCUUAGCUAAUCCUGUCAGCCUUAUGAGCUUGCCCAGUGACACGUGCAGCAUGACAGCCAUGCCGCACCAUGGGCAUCUGCAUUCCUACGCUAAUAACCAAGGGGCACACAUGAGCUUGCUGGAUUCGCUGCAGGGCCCCUACCCGGGGGCUGUCCACCCCCCCGUGUUGGGCCAAGACAGGUUCCCAGCAGACCUGGACCUGGACAUGUUCAAUGGGAGCCUGGAGUGCGAUGUGGAGUCGAUCAUCUUGAAUGACUUUAUGGACAGCGACGAGAUGGACUUCAACUUCGACUCGGCUCUCCCGCCGCAGAACGGGCUCAACGUGCCUGUGCUGCCCGGGGGUCCGCAGCCCACGAACCAGAGCUGGGUGCCCGGGUGA